AUGCUAUUCAAACAGCAGGCAUUGCUGAGACAGAAGCUCUUCGUUCUGGGCAGCCUCGCUAUUGGAAGUGUCCUCUAUCUCGUGGCCAGGGUUGGGACCUUGGAUAGGCUUCAGCCCAUUUGCCCCAUUGAGAGCAGACUGCCCCCUCCUGAGCCAGAGCAGAUCCCUCUACGAACCCUGCAGUUCAAACGUGGACUCCUACAUGAACUCCGCAAAGGCAAUGCUACCAAAGAGCAAAUCCGCCUGCACAACCUGGUCCAGCAGCUGCCCCGGGCCAUCAUCAUCGGGGUGCGUAAGGGGGGCACACGCGCCCUGCUGGAGAUGCUUAACCUGCAUCCAGCCGUGGUCAAAGCCUCGCAGGAGAUCCACUUCUUCGACAACGACAAAAACUACGCCCGGGGCAUCGACUGGUACAGAGAGAAAAUGCCCUUCUCCUUCCCUCAUCAGAUCACCAUUGAGAAGAGCCCUGCCUACUUCAUCACGGAGGAGGUCCCUGAACGUAUCUUCAAGAUGAACUCCUCCAUCAAGCUGCUGAUCAUCGUCCGUGAACCCACCACCAGAGCCGUGUCCGACUACACACAAGUGCUGGAGGGGAAAGAGCGCAAAAACAAGACCUAUCAUAAGUUUGAGAAGCUGGCCAUCGACGCCAACACCUGUGAGGUCAACACAAAGUACAAAGCAGUGCGGACCAGCAUCUACACCAAACAUUUGGAGCGCUGGCUCAAAUACUUCCCAGUGGAGCAGUUCCACAUCGUGGACGGGGACCGCCUCAUCACAGACCCGCUGCCGGAGCUGCAGCUGGUGGAACGUUUCCUUAACCUCCCCUCGAGGAUCAGCCAGUACAACCUGUACUUUAACGCCACCAGGGGGUUUUACUGUCUGCGAUUUAACAUUGUCUUCAACAAGUGCCUGGCAGGCAGCAAGGGCCGCAUCCAUCCAGAGGUGGACCUAUCAGUGGUGACUAAACUGCAGAGGUUCUUUCACCCGUUCAAUCAGAAGUUUUACCAGAUCACUGGUCGGACAUUCAACUGGCCGUGA